UUAUAGGUUUUCCUCCCACCUUCAAAUCUUUUAUCUCGUGCUGUGUAAACAGAACGUAGCGCAAAGCAAAUAACAAAAUGGAUCAAUAAUAAUGAAGGUUUAGCUGAUCGAAGGAAAGAGCUCUCUAUUCAACAUCAGGCAUGUCGAACACUUGGCGCAGGUAUGAGAGUAAGACUUAAACGUACGCUCGUAUGGAUUAUCGGGCUAUAUUUAUUCAUAAUAUAUUAUUUUUUCAACCCUUCUGCUAAUUACCUUGAGCCUUACAUCAAAGACAUAGUUCAACCAGGUUUAGAAUCACGGCAGAUAGUAAAAAACGGCAAGCUUCCUGAAACGACAACAACGACCACAGAAUGUACUACGGAGAAAUUGACGGUCAUUCCCAGUCGUGCUGACUACAAGUCAUGCCCAAAGCUAUCGCCGCCUCCUUUCGACACACCCGAUCGUCAAGAUUUCCUCCCUGUUGGAGAAGAAGGGACUUUCUAUACUUUUUCCGCCUUCGUCGAUGACCGACUUGGAAAGAAUGGCGUCCUUGUCGUCAUAUCUAUAGGCGACCCCAAGGGGAAACUUCCGAGAUUUUGCCAGGCUUGGUACAAUGCAGGGAGGGACAACACAACAGGCAGCGCUUUAGGGGGACAUGCUAAUGCAACGGUCUUCCUGAAUAUCAUCCCCGGAAAACUGGAGAAAUAUCCCGAAGGCCAUGGGCGAAGGUUUAAUGGAUAUGCUUUCCACUGCCCGCUGACGUCACAACUGUUGCCAUAUGCCGCAUCACUUGCCUACAAUGAAUGUGAUAUUCCAGCACGUGGAGUACUGAAGGUCCUUAAUACUAAACCAACAAAAUUGCCAGUCAAACCGAAAUUUGAAUUUGCAGUCUGCAUAACGCCAAUGAGUUUACAAUACGAUAAUGUUAAUCAGUUCGUGGAGAUGGUUGAAAUGAACCGCGAGUUGGGCGCUGAACAUUUUACAUUCUAUAACUACAGCAUAGGUCCACGAGUUGCCAAAGUACUAAAACAUUAUACCAAACAAGGUGUUGCAGAUCUCAUUCAGUGGCCUUUACCUAUCAAAGCUAAUAUUUGGCCCCCAGUUAAGGGGCAGAGGGAGGAAAUUCAUUACUAUGGACAAGUGGUGGCGCUGAAUGACUGCUUCAACAGAUAUAUGCAUAAAGCUGACUUCACAGUUAUGACGGAUAUGGAUGAGUUUAUCGUGCCACGAGUUGAUAUGACCUGGAAAAAACUAGUGCAAAGUCUCGGUGGAAUGAAACCACACGUAGGUUCAUUUCUAUUCAAAAACGCCUUUUUUAAGGCAGAAUGGCCGAACGACGAAAGUCUUGCCAAUAACAAAUCAAUCAAUGAAUUUAAUCUUUUAACACAGCUAAAAACAAAGCGCGAGAAGAAAGUGAGUAGGCCCCGUUCUCGCUCAAAAUAUUUCGUCAUCACAGAACGCUCGCGUAUCGUGGGAAUUCACUAUGUAUGGAAGAACAUGCCAGGAUAUAAAGAUCACGUGGUACCAGAAGAAAUUGCAAUGUUGUUUCACUACAGAAAUUGGGACAAUCCUGAUGACAAGAACUGGAUUGUGGAUAGAACUAUGCACAAGUAUAGCGACAGCUUAUUACGGAGAGUGCAAAAUGUUUAUCAUACAGUACAAUUGUGAUGAUUAAUCUAUUUAAUUUAUUUAACACGUGUAGCCUGCCCGGUGCGCUUUACAAUGUUGCAAUAUUUUUAUUUUAAAAAUUUUAUUCAAAAUUUCAAUUGAUUCAAGUUUAGUAACGAAAAAUAAAUACAUGAAGUUAAUGGCUUUAAUCGAUAUCAUUCUCUAAACACUCCAUCUUCUGAUUUGUAUUCUAGGAGAAAAAAUCAUACGCAUUAUUUUGUGAGUUUUCAGUCUUUUAUUCACAUGUCCACAGAAACCAAAAACUUUCUUAAAUAGUAUAUUCGUUGAGAUUUGAUGUCUCGCCAAGCAAAAAAUCAACUGGUAGCUAAUGCUCUUUUCCGAAAAAAAAGGUAAAAGAACCAAUAACCAAAUGUGUUUAUUCAUUUUUCUGACAUAUAUAUUUGAACAAAAUCAGAAGACUUUGUUAAUAUGCCACAUUAGCUGGGAAUACAUUUUUAAAGUGUAUCAUUACAUAUGUUUUUUGUUUUGUUUCUGUGUAUAUGUAAAUCAAAGACUGAAAACUCGAGCUAGCUUUGUAAGUCCACCCCGUGACCUACCCGCGGCAUCACAAUAUGUUUUCAUUUACGAAUGUAAGCCUAUGAGUUUUACACUGAAUAAUGCAUUUGCAUAUCAUGUGUGCCGUCAGCAAUACUAUGGUGACAAUGGAACAUUAUCUUUCAUGUACUGUAUGUUUUUUUUGUGUUUAUUUCUAGUCCCAAACACAAUGCCGUUUAAACAAUAGGCCUAAUUUAGGCCGGUUCUUUACAAGCUAUAUGUAGAACAGUUGGUUAUACUUUUUUUCUGUGUUCUUUAUAUAUACGCAUGUAUUUUAAACACAUCUGUUAGAGCGUAUGUUUUUUAAUUGGCAUUUAAACUGUGGUUUUUGACGUGAGAGUCAAAAUAAUCUUAUCAGUUUUUUGUAAUCAAUUAUUAUUAUCUGAGCAUUAUUAUUUUAUCAUAAAGGGUUUUAAACCCUAAUACUUUUAUUUUGAAGUGCCAUCAUUUCGAGUGCAUUAAGCUUCAUAUAUCUUUGUUUUAUUAGAAUUGGCAUUGAUAUAUCAGUUUGCAUUGCCAUACCGUAUUAUGUAUUGUACGCAUUAUUUCAAUGUAAUUUUCCACGUCUGUUUCAUUGUAUUUUAUGCCCUUUCUAUUUCGAUUUUCUUUGCUGUAUGUAUUGAUCGUGGCGAGAAUGAAUAAAACAAUAAAUUGAAGUAUGUCU